AAAUCAACCCCUCAACUCACCUGCAGUGGCAAAUCAGCCCCUCUAUUAUCUGUUAACUUUUAACGAUCCGCUCUAAGCCCCUCUGCGUCUGACGUGGUUUUAUUUUAUUUUUUUUGGGUUUCAAAGUUUUAAUCUUUGUUAACAGGUUUUCAACAAAAAAAAAAAUCUUUGCUAACAAAAAAUCUUUUUAUUUUUUUUGUGAAAAAUGAUUUCUUGGAAGGAUUUGCCCACCGUCUUAAAGGCGGUGAUUCCACUUUAUGUAGCGAUGAUCUUGGCAUAUGGGUCGAUUCGCUGGUGGAAGAUUUUCUUGCCGGAUCAGUACUCCGGCAUCAACCGUUUCGUCGCGAUAUUUACUGUCCCGCUCAUCUUUCCACUUUUUUUCCACCAACAAUCCGUACAAAAUGAAUUACAGGUUCAUUGUCGCCGAUACACUUCAGAAGAUUAUCAUGCUCGUCUUCUUAUGGUGUGGACGAAUUUCACUAGGAACGAAAGCUUGGAGUGGAUGAUAACCAUUUUCUCACUCUCUACUCUGCACAAUACUCUGGUCAUAGGCAUUCCACUGUUGAUCGCCAUGUACGGCCAGGACUCCGUACCGUGGUGCCAAGAUCCUGAUCAUGGAGCAGUUCUCGAAGACUGCCGCUCGAUUCUCUCCUUCAAGGUGGAUUCCGAUGUUGUCUCACUCCAUGGACGGGAAUUUCUGGAAACCGACGCUGAAAUUGUAAAAGAUGGGAAGCUUCAUGUCACUUUGAGGAAAUCAAACACUUCUCGCCGUUCCUUCGCAAUGACGCCACGGCCAUCCAAUCUUACCAGUGUUGAGAUAUACAAGCUUAAGUUCAUCCCCGAAUCCAACGCCCAGAGGUUCGAAUUUCAACCAUUCCGAUUUCUAUUCCAUGAUGGGAAUUCAGGGGUUCCAAGAAGACAGUCCAACUUUGGUCCAGUCGAUUUAUACCCUGUUCAAUCAUCAAGAGGGCCGACUCCGAGACCCUCAAAUUUUGAAGAAAAUUGUAUAGCAAUGUCUCUUCAAAAUAUGGUAAUUUCAUUGACAAUUCAGAGCUUGAUGAAGAAGCGACGCUCGAUGAAUUGCAGAUCUUAAAGAAAUAGUGUUCAAUUUUUGAAAGGAUGAGGAAGGGAAGAAGACGAUAGAAGCUAGCAGAAGUAAAACCCCAGACCCCCAGAUCCCCAAUUUUAUUUCCCUAAACAAUUUAAGGGCAUAAAAGUAAUUUGCAUAA